AUGUAUAAAUUCUACUCAAAAAUUUUACAAAACACAAUUAAAAAUAGUCAUUUAUUAUUUUCUACAAUAAGUUAUUGCACUCGUUUUAGCACAUCUCAUGAAUGGGUUAAAAUGUUAAAUAAAGGAAAUAUUGCAACUAUUGGAUUCUCAAGUUUUUCAUCUGGAUUUGUAUUAUUUUUUUUUUCAAGAUGGUUGGUAAAAAUUGAAGUUGAUAAUCAUGAAGAUUUUGAAAAUUUAAUGACUAGAGAAGAGUAUCAAAACUUUUUAAACAAUAAAGUUGGUGGUGAUAUUAAGGAUAGUGGUGAAAAUAUUGACAGUGGAAUCCCAGGAACAUUAAUCUUAGGUUAA